AUGGCUUUGGUUCGACGAGUGGCGGAGGCGCAGGCACUACGAUCAGUGGCCAGAGCAGUGGUAGCGGUGGCCAAAGCACGACAACAAACCAGGGGUCUCAAGGACAUUGUCGCCUUUUUGCGCGAGCUCGAGACGGGCGCCCGUCCAUGCCUGCGUUCCAAGAUCAUCGUCGUCGGCGACUCUGGUGUCGGCAAGACAUCGGUCGUGACGGCCAUCCGCGGCGGCAAGUCGUCGACAGUGUCCAAGAAGCGCUCGGCUGCGGCCGCCGCGGCAUCUGGCGACGUUGCACCGGGCAUUGAAAUCGACCAAUACGAGUUUGACGCAGUGUUUGAUGAAGACGACCGCAAGCGUCGCACCGUCACCGUGUCGACAUGGGAUAUCACCAACAACGACGUGUAUCAAGCUACCAACCAGCUGUUUGCGAGCGAGCGGUCGGUGCAUGUCAUUGUAUGGGACAUUAGCAAGACGCUCGACGAGGCCAACCUCGAGUACUGGCUGCACUGUGUCACGUCAGUCGCACCCACCUCACCCAUCAUCCUCGUCGGCACGCACAUUGACGCCUACGAAGAUACCAGUCGCGUCAACCUCAUCCUCGAGCAGGCUGCCGCACGUUUCCAAAAGACAUUCCAGACUAUCCAAGCCAUCAUCUCGGUUAGCUGCACCACCGGUUACGAUGUCGACCGUUUGCGAUCAGUCGUCGAGGACAUUGUCAAACAACAAAAAUAUCUCAAGGAAAAGGUACCAUCCUCAUUCUUUACACUCGAAGAAGCACUCAUUGAAGUGCGCAAGAAGCGUAUCCCACCCAUCAUGAUGUGGAAUGAGUAUAUUGCACUCGCAAACAUCUGUAACCCCAAAGACACCGUACAAAUCCAACGUGCUACAGAAUUCUUACACAAUAUUGGCAGUAUCGUCUACUUUAACGACCCCAACUCGACUGUAGGCAAGAUGAUCAUUCUCGACGUGCAGUGGAUUAUCAACUGCAUCACAGCACUCAUCACUGCCAAACUCACCAAAAACGGCAUCAUCCGUACGAGUGAGCUCGCCGCCAUUUGGAAGUCACCCUCGUACCCCGAGCACCUACAAGGUGCCUUGUUGGCCAUCAUGCAGGCCUUUGAGAUUACAUACCCGCUCUCUCCAGGCGAUCUUGUCAAGAGUGACGAUCUCGUCGAUCCCUUUGCAUCGUCUUCUUCACUCGGCGGUCACCAUCUCAAUACAACUAGCACAAGCAGUCUUUCAACACUAGUGUCUAGCAUCAACAGCAGCAGUACAAUGAGUUUGGCGUCAGUCAUGACCACUGGCUCCUCGAUCAUUGGUAUCUCACCCAACACCAAUGCAGCAGGUGCUUCAAACGACCGUCAUCUCGUACCCAACCUUUUGGCCGAGACUGGUAACAUCGUCAGUCAAUGGGAAGAUUUCAACGAUCCAGAUGUCAUUCGUCUCAAUCGUCAAUAUCAUCUUCCAUUCAUCCCAGAUAAAUUCUUUGGCAAGUUGAUCAUCCGUUUGAUCCACUUUGUAAAGGUGGAAUCGUGUCUAAAGCGAGCUGUCAUUGUCAAGAAUGCCGCAGGUCACGAAGCACUCAUUGAACUCAAAACAAAUCAUCCACGUGAUCAAUCUAGAAAACGUGUCCUAACAGUUGAUGUUCGUGGUUUACCUACCCCCGUUGCUUUACUUCGUAUUGUAACUGAUACUAUUGAAUCUUUAUUAUCUCAAUGGUAUAAAUUAGAUAUUAAAAGAUGUAUAAGUUGUUAUGAAUGUACAUUUUUAUUCGAUCCAAAUCCAACAUUAUUUACAAUUGAAGAUUGUGAAUUGGCAGUAAUGGAUGGAAAGACUGUAUUAAAUUGUUUUAAAAAGGCAGAUGAGCAUGAAGAAAGAACUACUCAUCGUUUGAAAUUGGAUAUAUUGGCACCCGAUAUUGCAAUGCUCGAUAUUCCAAGACCAAGAUUCGAUCUCAAAGAGAUUAAAUUGCUCAAAGAGAUUGGUAGAGGUGCAUUUGGUGUCGUGUACGAGGCAGAGUGGAAUGGCGAAACAGUCGCACUCAAAAAGUUGAUUCCUCGUACCAUUGACGACCAAAACUCGACCGAUAUGUCGGCCGAUGAACAAAAGGAGGAUCGUCUCAAGGUGUUUAGAGAGUUCCGUCACGAAGUUGGGUUCUGUAUUCAACCACUGUGUAUGGCACUAGAGAUUGUCAAGUAUGGCUCACUCUACUCGUUAUUGUCCAACCCGACCAUUGAAGUGUCUUGGGGUCUGCGUCUACAGAUAGCGAGCGAGAUUGCCAAGGGCAUGCAACACUUGCACAGCCAUAACCCAUCGGUUAUUCACCGUGACCUCAAGUCACCUAAUAUUCUGAUGCAUGCUACUGUCGAGGGUCCUGCUCCCGUCUCAACCAUCAUCGAUUACGGUACAUCGACCGCGUUGUAUGGCGGUGCUGCGUUGGCUCGUUGCGUCGACCAGCCGUUGUGGUUGGCACCAGAGGUGAUGGCGUCGAUGGCUUAUAGCGAGCCAAGCGACGUCUAUGCAUUUGGUAUUAUCCUGUGGGAGUUGUACACUCGCGCACAUCCAUAUGACGAGUUCCAGUUUGGUCAGUGGAUGUCCAAGUUGGAGGACGAGAUUAUUCGUGGAUUGCGUCCGACUAUUCCAACAACCUGUCCUCCCGAGUAUGCCGAACUCAUCCAGUCGUGUUGGACGCACGAACCAAACUCGAGACCCACCUUUACUUCGGUCGUCGAGACACUGACGAAUCUCAAGAAAAAGUUUGCUCCUUUGCAGUCGACUCUGCCACCUCACAUUAGACUGGCCACGCGCAAGUCGCGUAGUUCGUCGUUUUCAGAGUCAAUGUUGACGGGUAGUAUCACGGGUGGUUUGAACUUGACAGUGUCGACGGGAUCCACCAAAGACGGUGGUCAGUCGGGUUCGUCCAAUGGCUCAACACCCACGGGUGGCUCGGUCCUGACGACACAGAGUCUCGUGUCAUCGGGUCAGCAUCCUGGACAAAUUGCCAUGCAGCAACAACAGACAUUUGCCAACACGAGUUCAUCGUCGUUGUCAUCGGCUGCCGCUGGUGGCAGUCUACACCACUCACCCUCGUCAUCAGACCUGAUCGAUGAUAUCGUCUCUGACGAAGACCUGCACUCACUCGAUAUCUACACUGAAGAGGAGCUCGAGCAGCCAUACCCAUUCUGCGACGACGAUCAACAACGUGGCAUCCUCUUUGGAUUUGACGAAGAACAGGCUAGCUCCAACUCAAUUGUUGUCGCUGCGACACUCGCCAAGAUGAUUGAGCUCAUGACACGUCCUGAACCUAUCCCCAGUUCGAUCUUGUCACAGGCGUCUAAUAUACUGUCAAAUAUGCCUGCUCCAGGCUCCAUGUACAGUCGGUCCGAGACACAAUCGUCACUCUCCUUAUCGACCGCCUCGACAUCGUCCAUGUCGUCGACCAGCGGUAUGGGCAGCGCCGGCGCCACCGGAAGAAAGCGUUCAGACACUGCCGGAAAGAACCUCCCACCCCCCAGCUUCUCCUCAAUGUCGCCCACUCCCCAGUCAUCCUCCUCAUCCUCGACAUCGUACCGUAACAGCAUCCCAUCGCUCUCUGUGCAGAGUGCCACGAGCACGCUGGACGAGAACUUUAUCGACGACUUUUUGUCAGUGUAUCGAUCGUUUACGACACCGACCAAAGUGUUCAAGAUGCUUGUGCGCCGGUUCUUUGGCCCACGUCCCAACAAGAGCGAUGCCUAUACACUCAAAAAAUUCGAGCAGCGACGUCCACAGAUCCGAUCGGGUGUGUCGUCGUUCCUCAAGCGUUGGUGCAACGACAUUACCGAGCUCGAGUACAAGCAGGAUGCUUGCUGGCUCUACCACAAGGUGUUUGAGUUUACCAACGUGUGUUUGGUGAGUGAACCACCUGUCGCCAACGCCAUCAUUGGUAUCUUGGCAAGCUACGAGAAUAUCUCCAAGACAUUGAUAGAGAUGGAAUUGCGUAUCAAGAAUGGCAUGGCCCCUCUCCACCCAUCAUCCUCUUCUUCAUCUGCUUCGACUACACCAGUCCUCGGAGGUGCCUCCUCACAAAUGCAAAACAUCUCCAAGACAUUCCUCAACCUUGCUAUUGGUAUCCGUGACCCACUCUACGGUGUACCAGUCCGCGAGAAAAAGUUUAAAAACAAAGCUGUGUUGUGGGUCAAGUGCUUUACUGGCGCCGAUUGUAUUGACUGGCUCAUGAAGAUCACCUCUUUGCCAUCGCGUGAGGAUGCCAAGACUGUCGCCAUGGAUCUCCAUACACGUCAGUUUAUCUAUCUCUUGUCGGAAGACGGCACAGUUGUCGCCGAUCUCAAGGGUGGUAACAAGAUUGAGUUUUACGAUAGUCAGACACAAUACUACACCUUCCUCGACGACGAUACCGAGCUUGUUGCACAGCAGUACACCUUCCUCGAGCUCAAGUUCUUGCAAGACAUUCAUCCACGUGAAUUGCUCGGGUUCUCGGUCGGUCUAGCCACCAAUGACAGCGACCGUCUCUCAGAGAUUGAGCGCAAGAUCGAGUACGACGCCGAAAAGUCGGCCACCUCUCAGACAUCGGACGACCGUGACGAACGCGAGGCCCGCCACACCGACUCGCUCGGCUUUGGCAAUGAAGAGCUGACCGAGCGUGAUUGGUCGCUGCUGCUCACGUCGGCCACUGUCAUCACAUACCACCGCGGCGACGUUGUCAUUGAAGAAAACACCAUCAACAGCUACCUCUACCGUAUCAAGAGUGGUGUGCUUGGCGUCGAGAAAAAGAACCGUGAUGGCAAGAGCGUCAAGGUGUCGUCGAUGAACGCACCCAAGAUGUUUGGUGAAAUGAGCUUCCUCGGCAACAAGACGACCGCCCGUGUCGUCGUCGAUGAGACUGCUGACCUCUACGUGAUGGACAUUCCCUUCCUCAACAGCUUGUUUGUGUCGCAUCCACGUCUAGGUGCCAAGUUUUACAAGAUUAUGGCCAACCAGCUUGCAUCGCGUCUCAAGAACCUGCCAUGGUCGAAACCCCAAUCGUCGCCACCCGCCAACACCCCAUCGUCCGGUACACCCCCCUCGACACCACCUUCGAUGAUCUCGCCACUCGUCAGUGCCCUCGCAGGCAACAGCGGUGCUGGAUCAUUUGGAUCAAUGGGUGGCGGGCCUGGCUCGUCAGCCUUCCUCCAACCGUUUGCCAAGGAGGCCUCCCCACCCCCUCCCCUCGUCGUGCCGUCCAUCGCGCUCGACCGCCUCAACACGUCCACACCACCAGCUUCCCCACGCACACCAGUUGCUCCCAACCCCUUCCUUGCCAACAUUCACCCACAUCUUCAGCACCGUACCAACACUGUCUCCAACUUUAACACGUCUGGUCUUGGUGGUAAUAACAACAACAACAAUAGCAGUGGCAGUAGCGGCGGCGGCCCACUUAGCCACAUACUAACUCCACGUAGUAGAGAUGAAGGUGCCCGUAGCGGCAGCGUUUCUCGUGCACCAACCCAAGCCAACCUCAAGUACACAGCAUCGUCAGACAAGUCAAACGACAACACCAACAAGGGUGGACAACAAAACGAAGAGAAAAAGACCGACCAAGAAUUCAACCAACGUUUCUCAUUGGAUGAAAUUGUCAUCAAAGACUAUGCAUGCUCACUCAAUCGUUCUGGAAGACUAUACAUCUCACAAGGACACGUUUGUUUCUACUCUAAAUUCUUUGGUUACAAAACCAAAAAGGUUAUCCCAUUCAAACAAAUCCAAAACCUUCUCUGUGUAAAUAAUACCUUUUUAGAUUUAUCAAGAUUAAAAAGUAGUUCCCAAAGAAAUUAUAGAUUUACAUUUACAUCAACCAAAGAUAGACAAGAUGCAUAUGGAAUUAUUAAUAGUUUAUGUGAAUCUGCUAAAUUGGCAACGACAUCAACUGCCGAUGACCUCAAGAUCAAGUUGAGAGAAGAGAGAAAGAAACAACACGCAACAUUGAAACCAAAGAACAAGUCGACAGCCGACCAAUUGACCAAGGAAGAUUGGGAAUUGAUUGGACGUGAGGGAUCGCGUUGUACCAUCUACAAAAAGGACGAACCCAUUGUUAGACAAGGCGAUCGUAUCCAAAAGAUAUUCCAAAUUGGAAAGGGAGUGUGUAGAAUCGAAAAGACAGUGGCAGUCACCCAACACAACAAUCCACACGUUAGCAGUGAAUGGAAGACAGUGGUACUCGGAACAAUGAAACAAGACGAAACGUUUGGAGAGAUUACAUUUUUAUUGAGUGGUGAAGUCACCGCCACAGUAGUCGCCGACAAUCACGACGUUGAAAUCUAUGCCAUCGAAGGACAGUUUGUAAAUAUCCUCUUUGAUCUCAAUCCCUCUUUGGCUACCAGAUGUAGUGCUGCUGCUUAUCGACUUGCAUUACUUCUUAGAGAAAAAUACAAUCAAUCAUACAAUAUAUUUAAAUUUCAUUAUAGAUUUUCAAAGAUGACAGAAUUACAACAACAAAAUGAUUCUCUCUUUGUCGGAGGAGGAGAAAAAUCACAACAAGCACCAGUACUACAACAUCAACAACAACAACAACAACAGAAUAUAAUCAUUAAUCCAUCACAUUACCAUCCCAAUGUAAUCGAUGAUGAUUUAUCUUCCAGUUCAUCAAAUGAAGAGAUAACUGAUGGUGAAGGAUCACCUCUAUAUGUUCAACAUCAUCAUCAUCAUCAUCAUCAUCGAGAGAGUAUAUUGACAGUACCAUCAGUACCAGCACAACAAAAAGUAGCUAGUACAGGUCUUUUAAUGGCAAUCGAUGACAUUUUAAAAGAGACUAUAACAUUUCCUUCAGCAGCCGAGGCAACUGCUUUAGCUUUAAAUUCACCAUUCUCCUCCUCAUCAUCAAUGCCAUUGGGAUCGUCGGCAACGGCAAACCGAUCGUCCAAGUGUGCUCACAUUGUUCGCAAUCCAAUCACACUCGUAGAGGAGUACUCUUCGUCGCCUACUAUGUUGUCGCAGGCUUAUUCCACAAACAGUCUAUCCAACGAGAAUAUAUUCUCUCUCAUCAAAGAUAUUGAAGAUACAAUGAAUCUAUUCAACUUUGAUCAAGCUGGUGGAGGUGAUGAAGAAGAAGAACAAGAACAGAUUAUAAGAGGUGAUAAUAAUAGUAGUCUCUAUCCAAUGGUAGAGGUGGUGGAGAGUCAACAACCUCAAACUCCUUUAUCAGCUGCUGCUAGUACUAUCCGAGUCAGUGGUGAGAAUAAUGUACAGAAUAAUAAUAAUAAUAAUGGUCUCACAAACGAACGGUCGGGUAGAAAGCUAUCCAUCUCUGCUUCAUCACUCCCAGUCAAUCUCAUCCCACCAAGCAAUUCAGUGCCUUCAAUAACAAUGUCGGCAUCUGCACCAUCCCUACCCCAAAGUGUAACAUCAUCAUCAUCAUCAUCAACAUCAACCAAUAUAGAACAACAACAACAACAAUCACCUCAAAAACAACAACAACAAUGUAUUGAUAGUAGUAAUUCUACUUUAGAAACAAACAAAGUAGAUGAAAAAAUAAUUACCCUAAGUCCUACCAAGUACCCAUCCUCGAUUGAUCUCUUGGCAAAGGAACCAAAAAAGAAAGAUCGAUCGGGGCCUGAAAGUGUACAAGAGGAAGAGGAGGAAGAGGAAGAGGAGCGCAUUGUCGUGUCACCGCUUUCACAGUCCACUCCGGCCAUCUCCCCAUCAUCCAAAGUCCAUCAUCCAAAGGAAAAGGAAAAGUCGGCAACAUCUAGCAUAUUUGACAAGUUCCGAUCAAAAAAGAAUCGAGAGUCCAAAGACAAAGACAAAGAGACGGUAUCAAGCGGCGAGUCAACUACCACCACCAACAUGAGUUCGUCAUCGUCACACUCGUCAUUGUCAUCCAUCUCUGAUUCUGAUGAAGGUCAUAAUCAUCAACAACCAGGAGGAAAGAAGGAAAAGAAAAAAGACCGUCGUUCAUGGGGACUCAAGAGAAAGAAAAAAGAAAAUAUUUCUAGCAUAAAUCAUUUAGUAGUAGAAACACCACCUGUAAAAAUCAAUCAACUUGGCGUAAAUAGUAGUAAACAACAACAAGAGGAAAUAUAUAAUAGUAGUAGUAGUAAUAGUAAUAGCGACGAACAUAAUGACAAGAAUUCCAAUGAAAAUAAUGAUAAUCAACCAAACAAUAAUAAUAAUAAUAAUAGUGAUAAUAAUAAUAAUAAUGGACAAUCAAAUGACUCUGGAAAUGGAUCUGGAGGUAAUGAUGAUAAUGACAAAAAUAACAAAAAUAAUAAUGAUGGUCAGACGGAUAUUGGAGAUCAUCAUAGUGAUGGUAAGGAAAGUACAGAAGAGUCGGAUAGUAGAAAGAAUAGUACUAGCUCUGAAACUUCACCCAAUUCUGCGACACCAAAUAAUAACGCUUUGUUGGUGGCCAACAACACCAACACAUCUACAUCAACAACAUCAACUACAACUACAUCAACAACAUCAUCAUUUGCAGACGAACAAGAAUCGUCAUCAUCCACCACCUUUAACUCUAUGCCUAUAUUGUCAUCAUCUGUGCCUGUGACAUCCAAUCCAUUAGCUUUCUUGUCAAUGUCUGACGAAGGAGGUGCGGACAAUCUGUUCAGAGGAGGCAACAGCUUUAGUGGUACGAGCAUACUAGAGGCAUCGAUGGACGAGGACGAAGAUCAGAUGCCACGUGGAGGAAGAGGGCGUAGCAAUGCCUUUUACAUGAAACAACCACCCACCAUUGUAAAUGGUGAGGUUAAGCUGCCCCCUAUGCCACCCUUCCAGUCUCCGCUUGCCGCUGCCGGCCCAUUCUCAAAUGUGUUGCCCAAAGACAGCUCAUCGCUGCUCAGUAAGCCAACUGGCAUCUUUGGCAAGUUUAGAAAGGGUCAUGGACGAACUAAAAUGGCCAACAAGGUGGUCAAGCACCAUUCAUCACGUUUUCUGGUUGGCUUUGCCGAUACUAUUGGGAGACGUCCCACGAUGGAAGACGAUGCAGUCAUCUAUGGCUCGUAUCGUGGACACUAUGACGAAGACUAUUUUGCAUUGUUUGACGGACACGGUGGUGCCGAGGCAGCCGAGCUUGCUUCGACAGAGAUGCAUCGUGUGCUCUCGGAUCGUUUGAAAAAGGAUUCAGGUAAUCCCGUGCGCGCACUCAAAGAGUCGUUCAACAUUGUGCACGGUAUGAUUGCCGAGCGUCGUAUGCGUGGUGGUACCACCGCCGUCAUUGCACUCUUUCUCGGAAAGAAGGGGUAUGUUGCCAAUGUCGGUGAUUCACGUGCCGUCCUGUGUCGGGAUGGCGUUACAGUGCGUGUAUCGAUCGAUCACAAACCCAAUGUACCAAAAGAAGAGGAGCGUAUCAAAGCACUUGGCGGCAACGUCGUUACAACCACCAAUUCCGUCACUGGUGUCGUCACUAGUCGUGUCAAUGGUCAGUUGGCUGUAAGUAGAGCACUAGGUGACUCUAUUCUCAGUCCCUAUGUAUCGUGUGAACCUGAUAUUCAUGGUCCUAUCAAUCUUGAAAAUCAAGUUAAAAAUCAAUUUAUGAUUAUUGCAUGUGAUGGAUUAUGGGAUGUUGUAACAGAUGAAGAAGCAACAGCAAUAGUUGCACCCAUUUCAGAUCCAGAGAAAGCAUGUAUGCGAUUAAGAGACCAGGCAUUUACAAGAGGAAGCACAGAUAAUAUAUCCGUUAUGGUUGUCAGAUUCCCACCAUUCUCUCCAACACCUGAUACCACCACCUAA